AUGGUUACCACACACAACGACCUCGACUACGACGAAAUCGUCCAGAAACUGAUACAAAUGGCAGACGCAUUUGAUCGGGAUUUCUGCCAGGCUGGCCCCGUCUUACGGUUCGAAAUGGAGGCGCAUUUUCGAUACCUCCUUUGUCUGGCGGAGGCGUCCCUUGUAAUUUCUCGCUCCAUCUCUGAUUCGUCCAUUAGGCGGUUACCAUCGUCGCAUAUCAUGGUUAUGCUUUAUACCCACGACCUCGGCGGUCAAUGUGAACACGUUGUCCUUGACCUGAUUUAUGUGGGGAGCCAGCCUUGUGCUUUGCGACGCCUUCUAAGUGCUGAGGGGUGCGACCGUGUUCAUUCCACCUCCCCCAUGUUGUGUGAAGAUGGCGCGGCGGUCCGUCAUGAAUGA